GAGCUUGUAUAAUUUCUUUAUUAGGGUUUAAGAGAGAUUGAUUAUUCAUAUUAUUGUGAGAGAUGGCGAAGUUCAAUGUAGUGCAGAAAAGGAGAAGAGAACAGAUAUCACAAAGAAAGAGAGCAGUACAUGGAGACCCACUCACCGGUAAACUGAAAAACAAGAAACAGCCUCUCUCAGUCUCCGGUAAGCGACAGCGCAAGCUCCUCAAGAAAUGGCGCAGAUUAAUUACAUUACAGGAGCAGAAGGAGGCUAUAGAGAAAGGUUUGGUCACCAUGGAAGAUGUGGAGAUGGCUGCUGCUGAAGGUGAAGGUACAUCAAAAGAUACAUCAAAAAAUGCAAACAAAACACCAGCAAAAUUUAAUGUGAAGAAGGGCCUGAAGCUGAAGCACUUGAAGCACAAUGGAAAGAAGAAGGGGAAAUCUAAGCCAGCCACUGAAGCUGCAGUGGAUGCAAUGGUAGAAUGAUCAGGAGGCAACUUUGUAUGGUAUGCCAAAAUAAUGUACUGUUUCUGAGGAGGACACAAGUGUGGGGACCUUCUUUUUUGCCUUAGGACAAUGGGUUACAACUUAAAAAUUCAUUCACUUGUAACAUCUGCCAUUGGUUUGGUUUGUUAUCUUCUUAGGAUAGAGGGUAGUUGAAGGAUGACUGGAAUAUUGUAUGCGGAAAUUAACGAUGUAAGUAAGAAUGUCACUGAUUAUCACUUAAUUCGAGCUUGUUAUUGUUUUAUUGGAUCA